GUUUACAGUGUUAUUUACGUGCGUAUGGCAACAAUGCAAAUGAGCUACUGUUUUGCAUAAUCGAAGGCGACGUUAGAAAGGUGCGAUAUACCAAAACUGUCUACUCGUACGUGUUUGGUUGAUUCACGUUGUAUCCGUCCAUGAAAUGAUAUUAUUAAUGUGAUACACCAAGUACUUAAAGUAUUUUAGUCAAUCAGGUGACCCUCCAAAAUGAGUUCUGAUGAUGAAAAGAAAAAAAGCAGUAAAAAGAAAUCGCAUCGCCGGAAAAGGAUCCACCCAUCACUGGGCGACACAGUGGAAGGUUUAGAUAAUGUUGCCGCAUUGGAGCUUGAAGAGAAACCAAAAUCAAACAAUGAACCCUGGUUAAAGGAGUCAAACAAGUUCAAAGCCGCCGAGGAAGGUCCUAAAUCUGCUGGUGAUGCGUUUCUGUUGUAUAAUAACGUGAUAAAAGCCGGUGAUAAAUUCAAGAGUUUCAGAACAUCCAGAAGGAAAGACUUCUGCCCCGAAGCUAGCGUCUCUGAUGGUAAAGGAGCCAAAGGAGGACAGUUGGAUGAAUACAUACCAGAAGACUACACGUCACGUAGCAAUGCGAAUAGAGCACUCAUCUCGUACUUUGCUGCCUUGGCCAAAUCGGACAAAGAAGAUGACCUCAUUGAUUUGGAGUUUGUUGAGAAUAUGCUGGAUAAUAAUGCUGAUGUUCGUUGUACUGAUAAACAUGGACAGAGUAUUUUACACGAGGUUGCCAGAGUUUGGGAGACAGACGUUGCUAAGUUCCUGUUAGAUAAAGGUUGUGAAAUCAACCAAGGUGAUAAUUUUGGUAGAACAGCGCUACACGUAGCAGCUGCUGUCGACUACUCAGAGAUGGUAGACUUUCUGUUAGACCAUGGGGCUGAAAUUGAGUGCAAGACAGAUGGAGAACACCAAACCCCCUUACAUUAUGCAGCCAAAAAUGAUGCUUGUAAUUCAUUGAAAACAUUGAUCAGAAGAGGUGCUCACAUCCAUGCUACAGAUUACAAGAGGAGAACACCUUUACAAGUGGCUGCUGAAGGAGAUCGCAGUGAAACAGCUCGACUAUUAUUAGAGCUUGGUGCAGAUGCAUCAGAUGAAGAUGACAGUCAUAUGUUAGCAUUGGUGCUAAUGAUUACCAAGAUGCCACCUGUGGCCAGAGAAGCUAUGGAUCAAUAUCAUAGAACUGAUAGAGCUAAUAGAAAACAGUUUUUUGAUCUGCAUCAUUUGGAACCUUUCAAACCAGAUUUUGAGAAGAGGCCUCCAUGUCGACUACCGUUACAAGUUAUUGUUGAGUAUAAACAACUAGACCUGAUUAUACAUCCAGUUAUACAGCAACUCAUAAAAACAAAAUGGAAAAGGUUUGGAAGACGUGGAGCAUGGAAGCAAACCAUUUUGAACUUUAUUUUCAUUAUGCUGUGGACAGUGAUAGGAGUAACACUACCCAAGGACAGUGAUCAGUAUAACUUUCCUUUAGCCAUAUGGAGAGUCAUAUUAGAAGCGCUAGCCCUUGCAUUUACACUAUUCCAGAUAAUACAAGAAUUACAAGAGUUCUUCCAGUCUAAGAAGAGUUUUAAUAAAUGGAAAGAUUGGCGGACUGCUGAGCUCGAGCGAGACAUUGAAUUUUGUCAUCCAAGAUGGCCACAAGAAAAGCUGUACUUGGAAAGGGAGGUUGAUGAAAUUCAGGGUAUGGGGCCAUCGUAUUUUAGUGAUUCAUGGAAUUACUUUGACUGGUUUGUGUAUUUUCUGCUGCUUUGUUGCUCCGUUCUCCAUAUUGUUGAUAUCGCAUUGGAACAGGACACUGAUGAAACAGGAGAUGAUAUUCCAAGUAAAGUAUUACAUAGACUCUUCGCUAUCACUAUUAUAUUCCUAUGGCUGAGAUUGAUGAAGUCUUGUCGUGCUUUUGCAGCACUAGGGCCGUUCAUUGUUAUGUUGGGAAAGAUCAUGAUAGACAUUGCAAGAUUUGGAUAUCUCUACUUGGAGUUCUGGAUUCCAUACUGCUGUGCUUUCUGGAUGAUCUUCGGCGUGACUGGUCUGGUCACAGGCAUGGAAUCUUUCUAUUCUGUUGGAUACAGUCUGUUUCGUAUGACGCUAGUUGACGACUAUGAUUACGAGGGUAUGAAGGCGGUUGACCCAAUCAUGGCUGACAUCCUGUGUGGUACAUUCUUAGCUGUGUCUGCUGUACUCUGUCUUAACUUGAUGAUUGCAUUACUCUCUGAUACAUUCCAGAGAGUAUAUGACAAUGCCAAGUCAAAUGCCGCAAUGCAGAAGGCAGCUAUCGUCUUAGGUGUAGAGGAUGGACUUUCAACCAAGGAUAGAAAGAAGUUUAUGACCCACAUUUGGGAACACUGUGCUCCAGAAGAAUUGUACUACGACGAUGACCUCACAGGGCCAGGUGCUGGUGAUGAUCUAAAGAAAAUCACCGUCCAAAUCAAGGAUGACCUAGACGAAAUGAAUGAAGCCCUGAGAGCCGCAAAUGUUACACACACACCAGGCUCAAACAGUCUCAAUGAUGAAGUGCAAAGUUUAAAAGGAGAUGUGGAAGAUUUGAAGAGAACCCAAGAAAGACAAUUUGAUGACAUCAAAAGAGAUGUCAAGAAUGUCUUGAAUAUAUUAGAAGAACUCUUGAGAAGAGGUGGUGGCAGCGGUGGUGGUGGUGGUAAUUUCCAUCGAGGAGAUCCUGGUAAUCGCAGAGGUCGUGGAGGGCGUUUUGACCCCAGGGAUGAUGGUGAUGAUGAUUACCGUGGUAUGGGUGGAUCACACAGACCAAUCAGUACUGCAGAUGACCCAAGACUACAAAGUUUACAACGUGUUUACACAACUCAGUUGAUGGCGGCCGAUAAUGAAAGUUCACGGCGUGCCAGAAGUAUCUCACCACACCAGUACAGAGCACCUGUUCUUCCAGAUUCAUUGCUGGAACCUGGUCCUACCAGGUCCAGUAUUAUGAUGGAUCCGGUACCACCAGUCCCGGGCACUAUUAAACAAAAAUCGACAUCGCCAGAGGCAGAGAAAGAGAAACUCAAGAAAUACAGACAAGAGAGUGUACAGAAAAGAAAGAAACGACAUGCACAGGAAGAGUACUUACUCCAUAGACAGUCUUCAGAUGCAAGGGAGAGUUUAUCUUCUGAACUUGAUGGUGAUGUGUCCCAGUUCACUGACCGAGAUGGAUUAGUGGUUCAUAUGAGUGGAAUGUCUGUAUCAUCACCUCAACCAGAUUUAGCAAAAGAGGUCAAGAUCAAGUCCAAUGUUUUGGGCGACUCAUCUCCAAGAUCGUCAGAGGCUUAACAUUUGUAACAAUCAAUGCUAUUGGUGCUCUACACAACAAAUCAAGGCUUGCAACCAAUCAGGAAGAAGAAUUCAAAUCACUUUGAAUCAAGCCUGUCAUGUGUGUUAAGCACUAACUAAUGUUGUAUAUUUUACAUCCAAUAAUAUCCGUCCACUUUUACUCAUCUGAGGAUCAUACAAUUAUGUAAUGAUGGAGGGGGGCAGCUAUUUU